UCAUGGGGUCCGAUGCUGUCUGCAGCUCCAGAUGACAGAGUCGCCAUUUUGAAAAGCAAAUCGUUCACAGCACACCCGCCCUGAGUACUGGAACUAUGCCGCGGGGCCGGCCUCGCAAACUGAGAGUUAAAAGCAACGACGGAACAGAUGCAGAUCCCAGUGACACUAAGGCGGACAGUUUCAGUGAUGGAGAGCUCAAGGACAAGAAGUGCACAAUAUGCUCCCAGGUGUUUACCACUGAGAGCCAGCUGCAGAAGCACCUCCGCGAACAUGAGAUCAACGAUAAGCCUCAUCGAUGUGACCAUUGCCCACAGACAUUUAACGUGGAUUUCAACCUCACACUCCACAAGUCCACACACACAACCUCUGACUUCACGUGCCCCGUUUGCAAUAAAAGGUUCUCCCGCAUCGCCAGCCUCAAAUCUCAUAUCAUGCUGCACGAAAAGGAGGAGAAUUUGAUCUGUGCCGAGUGCGGAGAUGAGUUCAUUCUUCAGAGCCAGCUGUCUCUGCACUUGGAGGAGCACCGCAAAGAGCUGUCGGGCGUCAAGGUCUACACCUGCAAGACCUGCGACAAGGAGUUCAAGACAUCUGCACACCUGAAGGAGCACAUGAAGAGUCACGUAAAGAUGAGGCCACUGAGCUCUAGUUCCAGAAACUACAAGAAAAACAUUGACCGCAGUGGGUUCCAAAACAGCUGCCAUCACUGUGGGAAGGCUUUCAAAAAGCCCAGCCAGCUUGUUAGGCACAUACGAAUACACACAGGUGAGAGGCCCUACAAGUGCUCACGUUGCGGCAAGGCUUUCAACCAGAAGGUGGUGCUGCAGACUCACAUGGUGAGACACACUGGAGAGAAACCUCACCUCUGCAUGUUCUGCCCUGCUUCCUUCUCCCAGAAAGGGAACCUGCACUCCCACGUUCAGAGAGUCCAUUCUGAGACUAAAGGCGUACCACUGUUCCCGUGCAUGGACUGCAGCUGUGUAUUCAAGAAGUUGGGCAGUCUGAAUGCCCACAUCAGCAAGAUGCACAUCUCUGUGAUUGAGGUGCCCUCCAGCACUGCGGAGACGGAGACGACGGGUCAGGCUCCUGGGGGAUCGGAGGGCGGCGAGGGGGUGACAGAUGUCAUCCAGCAACUUCUAGAGCUGUCUGAGCAGGUCAGUGGGGAGACAGUCCAGCCCCAACCUCCAGAGCCAGCUAUUGCCAUGGAGACUGCCAUCAAUCAGGACAUCCUUCAGCAAGCUCUGGAGAACAGCGGGCUGAGUGUGGUCCAUCCGCAGAACGACGCCACAUCCCGAGAGUCCCAGAACCAGACAACCGAGGUCGCUGCUGGAGAGAGCAAGAAAGCACAAGGUCCCGACAAACCGGUCAGGGAGAAGAAAAGGAGCAUUUUCAAGAAACCUAUACAAAUGCCAGGCUCAAUCAGGGAGGAGAAUGGCGUUCGGUGGCACGGCUGCCCGUACUGCUCCAAGGAGUUCAAGAAACCCAGCGACCUCGUCCGCCACAUCCGCAUCCACACUCACGAGAAGCCUUUCAAGUGCAAACAGUGCUUCAGAGCUUUUGCUGUCAAGAGCACCCUCACGGCACAUAUGAAAACGCACACGGGCAUCAAGGCCUUUGAGUGUCAGUGCUGCCUCAAGUGCUUCUCCACUUCUGGUAGCAUGAAGGUACACAUGCGUCUGCAUACAGGUGUACGUCCUUUCCCCUGCCCUCACUGUGACAAGAUCUUUCGUACAUCGGGCCACAGGAAAACACACAUCGCUUCUCACUUCAAAAGCUUGCAGCAGAAGAAGCACAAGUUUCCCCGAAAAACCAACAAAGCCAAAGUGUCCAAGAGUAACCUACCUCUGCCUGAUAUCCCCCUGCAGGAACCCAUCCUCAUCACGGACUUUGGCCUCAUCCCAUCCCAAAACCCCCGCCUGGCUUUCCAACAAUACCUUGAGGUGGUGGGCAGUGACCGGCCAUACAAGUGCCAGUUCUGUAGUAAGGCCUACAAGAAAUCAAGCCAUCUGAAACAGCAUGUCAGGUCUCAUACGGGAGAAAGGCCAUACAAGUGCGUGCAGUGCAGUCGGGGUUUCGCCUCCUCAGGAGUCCUCAAGGCUCACAUCAGGACCCACUCGGGCCUAAAGGCGUACAAGUGUCUGAUGUGCGACACCACGUUCACCACCAGCGGCAGCCUGCGACGCCACAUGACCACACACAGUGACAUGCGACCUUACAUGUGCCCCUACUGUCAGAAGACCUUCAAGUCAUCACCCAACUGCAGGAAGCACAUGAAGACACACAGGUAUGAACUGGCCCAGCAGCUGCAGCCCCAGUCGACAGAUGACCCCUUAGGAGGGGGCAAUGUGGCCCAUGAUAUGCAGGUGGAAAUAGAGGGAGAUUCCCUCCAGCAACCCCCUGCUACCUCAGCAGAGCAGCAAAGUAUGCUGGGACUGGGCCAGACAGAGGUUGUGAAUGGAAGUCAACAAGUGACACUGGAGGCACCCCUGACUGACCAAGCCCUUGUACAAGGAGAAGACUCGUAUGUGACUACCCAGCAUGCUUUGCCCCAGAAUAUCAGCCAGUUUGAGACACCAGCACUUCCUCAGCCUGCCUUUGAUCAGCAGGCUCUAACGCAAGGCUUCACUAUCACUGAAUCGAGCUACAAUCAAUCCCAGUUCUCCACCGUCCAGCAGCUGCAGGACUCCAGCACCCUAGAGUCUCAGGCCCUGUCCUCCAGCUAUCACCCCCCAAAUCUGCUCCACGUUUCCAGUGCUGAGGUGACAAAUGGGCUUCUUCAGCAGAGCAGUCAGGAUGAGCUUCAGCUGACCUCUGAAACACCACAGGACUACCAGGAGGACAGCGAGGACAACAGCAAGAGAGCCUACAGGUGUAAUUGGUGUAACAAGGGCUUCAAAAAGUCAAGCCAUCUGAAGCAACACGUGCGCUCCCACACCGGAGAGAAACCAUACAGAUGUCAUCUCUGUGGACGAGCCUUCGUAUCAGCCGGAGUACUGAAGUCCCACCUCAACACGCAUACAGGAGUGAAGCCCUUUAAGUGUAACGUUUGCGACGCCUCAUUCACCACCAACGGCAGCCUGAACCGCCACAUGAUCAUCCACAUCAAGUCUUUCAAAUGCUCCAUGUGUGACGACAGCUUCAGGACCAGCCUGCUGUGUAAGAAGCAUAUGAAGAAGGAGCAUGCUGUGGAGGAUCAAAUUAUAGGUCUGGAUAGUCAAGACGUUGAGGAAGAGGAAGAAGACGACGACGAGGACGAGGACGGGGACCAAAAGUCAAAGAGGAGGGGUUUGGAAAUCAUCACUUUCACUGAGGAGCAGACGGCAGAGCUGGCGAAGGAUCCCGGUGAGGAGGCCUCUGUGUCGGAGCGGAUCCUCGCCCAGUCGGCGGCUGAGAGGGAUCGAAUCAGUGAGAUCAAAGACAAGGCCGUGGAGCUGGAAACAGAACCCAAGUUUGCCAACUGCUGCAAUUAUUGCCCCAAGAGCUUCAAGAAGCCCAGCGACCUCGUCAGGCACAUUCGGAUCCAUACAGGAGAACGACCUUACAAGUGUGAUGAAUGUGGGAAGAGUUUUACUGUGAAAUCCACCCUGGAUUGCCACGUGAAGACACAUACAGGUCAGAAACUCUUCAGCUGUCACAUGUGCAACACCUCCUUUUCUACAAAGGGCAGCUUAAAGGUGCACAUGCGCCUCCACACCGGCUCCAAGCCCUUCAAAUGUCCCUUCUGCGAGCUCCGCUUCAGAACUUCAGGCCACCGCAAAACCCACAUCCAGUGCCACUUCCGGCCGAGCCUCGACAGCCGCAAAGCCAAGCGGUCUGCCUCGUCUAGCGGUCAUGGUCAAGAUCCAGGUACCGGGCAGGCUCUGGGACCGGGCCAGGGGCAGCAGACAGCAGCUUCAGAGGCUCUUCAAUCCGUGGGUCUGCUACAAACGUCCAACUCAGACCCCAACAUUUACCUCCCAGCCAACCAAGUCCUGACGGGGCAGUUUGACCAGAGCCUACUGCAACCAGGACUGGUGGGACAGGCCAUCCUGCCAGCCUCCAUGUCAGCUGCAGGAGACCUGACCGUGUCUCUCCCAGAUGGCCUGACCACGCUGGAUGGCAUCCACCUGCAGUUGACGCCUGCCAGCCUGGUGUGCCCCAACGUCCAGAUCUCUGGCAUCGAUACCAGCAACAUCAACAACAUCACACUACAGAUCGACCAUGCCCUCCUCCAGCAGACCUUGCAGCAAGGCGGCCUCCUCUCUCAGCCCCUGAGCGUCGACACUGGCCUCGUCUCCCACUCUGGCAGCCAGCUCAUGUCCGCCACCGACCCCUCAGUUACCGCCAAUGUCGUCAUCCACCCACUGACCAGCCUGGCCCUGCAGCCCUCCACCAUCACACCUGCUCAGGUCACAAUGGCCAGCCUCUCUGAGCAGGAUACCGCAGGUUCUCAGGACCUAAGCCAUGUCAUAAGCAGCUCUGGGCUGGUAACCGGAGGCGCCAGCGGUCAGGAGAUCACGCUAACCAUCAACAAUUCCAGCCUGACUCAAGCCCUCGCACAGGUUCAGGCCCACGCGUCAGCUUCUGGUUCCAACGCUGCAGCAGGAAACCCUCAGGAGAUCACCCUCACCAUAUCAGGUCAGGAUCUGCUCCCCCAGCAUAGCCACCAUGCUAAUGGUGCUGAGAUGAACGGCAGCAUCAGGCUGGCAUCACCACUCAAUAGCCAACCCACCGGCGCAACCCUGACGAUCACCAAUGACCACCUCCUACCUCAGGGUCACAACACUGGACUGACAGUCUCCAGCCUGCCACCGAGCACCACCCUAUCACAUACUGUUGCGUCCCAGAGCCUAGUGAUGUCACCAGGAGGCGUGGCCAGCGAUGACAGCGUCACACUGACACUGGCAGAUGCUCAGGGUAUGCUGGAUGGUGUCACCCUAAACCUCAACACGCAGGGUCAGACCUUCCCUGCGGUGCUGAAUGACCCAGGACAGCCAGCCAGCUCAGGCCAGCAGGUCAUACUGGUCAGCCACCAUUCCCAGUCCACUAACGGAGCGUCUGACAAUGGAUACAAUAUUACCGACGACGGCCAUAAGGGUGGAAAGGACGGCCAGACGGAGGCUGAUAAUCGGAACCAGUGUUACUACUGUAAUCAGGUGUGCCAGAAUGCCAACACGCUGCGACGCCACUGUAGACAAGCUCACGGCAAGGACCGCUGUCACGUCUGCAGUCUCUGUAACAAGGCCUUUAAGAGAGCUACACACCUGAAGGAGCAUGAACGAGUGCACCUGCCGGGCCCGUCACCCAGCUCCCAGAAACCCAGAGUCUUCAACUGCUCCUCCUGCGUGAAGGCCUUCGCCAAGCGCAGCCAGCUGGAGAGACACAACCGAACACACACAGGCGAGCGGCCCUUCAAGUGCAGCCAGUGCGACAAGGCCUUCAACCAGAAGAGCGCUCUGCAGGUGCACAUGGUCAAACACACUGGAAAGAAGCCCUUCAAGUGCGAGGUGUGCAGCAUCAGGUUCACCCAGAAGAGCAACAUGAAACACCACAUGAAGAGAUCCCACGGCUACGGUCAGCUCCAAGAUGUGUCCCUGAGCCAAGAAGAAUCAGCUCCCCAGGUCGAGGUAACGUCUGAACUUGACCUGGAAGUGGUUCCUGAAUCAUCCGGAGACUGGCACAAUGUCUUCCCCUGAUGAUAAACCACACAAGUCCCAGAGUCAGACAGCAUUGUACCAAUGUACUGAGUACAGAUUGAGUUUUACGACUGAACAGCAAAGCUUUGCCAAACAUUUUCCUCCUCCCACAAGGCUUAUUUGGUUAGAAAAAUAUCGGAAGACUUUAUAGAUUUGCUCCACUGUAUACUGAGGGCUUUUACCCUAGAAGCAGCCCCCUGCUGUUUAUCCACAUUAGCAGUGAAGUAAGGGGAGUCUGGUUCCCUGGGAUUGGCUUAAUGACUUUUAUCUGUUUUGCUACUGUCUGAUUGUCAUCAAUAUGAUAACCUCCAGAGAGGUUUGGCUCAAUAAACACAGGCAUCCCAGAGAAUUCUCCAGGAGAUGCAGGUCCCUCUCAUGCUGACCCUGUUCGAAAGAGAGGAAACUGUAUUCUGCGAAAAAGCUCCCCAGAGAAGAGUGUGUUGUGUCUUCAUUAUUGUUGCGCUCACAGGUAUGUACACCGAGCUGCACACAACUGUACUGCUGUCAUGGCUUCAAUAACAAUAACAUAGACAGUCUUUUUCAUGGGUCUACAAGAAAUGUCACUUUUUUUUCUUUCUUUUUUUUUACAUAUUUGUACUGUAUAUAUUUCAUCUUGAAGUGAAAAGUCUUUUGCAGUUUGUUACAUAUUUGUUUUAGUUAGAAAACAGUGCCCAAAGUGGUGUACCAAACAUGUUAGUGAAGAACGGCAGUGAGCUGCGAGGACGCUUAUUCCAUGGAUUUAAUGCUGUAUGAGGUUUUUUGAGUGAACAUGUCAGCGUUGUUUCCUGUUGUCAUAUCAUUUGGACUCGCAGCAACGUCAUUUUCGUUUACUGUAGUUCAUUCUGUAAAUAGUGUUGUUAGAUUGCGUAUAUUUUUUGAUGAACCGCCACAACAUAGAUUGGUUGGAAAUAUGUAAUUUGAACAUAAUGUGCGAUUUCUAAUGAAGCAACGCCAAUGUACAGACGAUAAGCUUUUUUCUUUUUGCAGUUGUAUUUUCUAUUGUCCAUAAUAAAUUAAGAUUUAAGUAAUUUUUCUACUAAUUUAAA